AGUUAGUUAUAUAUAUAUAUAUAUAUAUAACUAACAGGGCCGCCUUUUAUAUUUCAGUUUUUGCUUAGUUAAAGAGAAAUAAGGGAAAUCACUACAAUCAUUUUCUUUUCUUUUCUUUUCUUUUCUUUUCGUUUCUUUUCUUUUCAGGAGAACAGAAAUAUGGCGCCAAGAGCAAAGCGAAAAAAUAUAUACACCCAGCCAUUACCAAUUCUUGAGUCGCAUGAAUUGAAAAGUUACUUAAUUGAAGAAUCUGAGUCUUUGGACGCUGAAGCCUAUAAUAACCCAGACAUUCGGAUUCUUAGAGCGAAAGUUGCCUUGUUGGUCGCUGAAAAUUCAAUGAACGAUCAAUUCGAUGCAUCCAUUCCAUAUCUUGCCAUGAAUUACUUCGAUCGUUUCAUUUCAAGACAUACAUUGCCGACUCUGGGGAAGAAAGAUGUUGAUUAUCGUGUUCUUGUCCUAGCAAUCAGUUGCCUGUGUGUUGCUUGGAAGAUGAGGAACAAAUCCUUCAGAAACAGCAUAUUCUUGAAAUUCAGGCCAAAUCUGAACGUCAAAAUAAAUGAUAUCAACAAGGUCGAGGUUCUGGUUCUCAAAGUACUUGGAUGGCGUGCCUACUGUGUAAAUGCCCUAUGCUUCCUGUCCAACUUCCUGCCUUUAGUAGAAGAACUAGAUGAGAGGUUCAAAGCAAAUGUCAUCGAGCUAAUAAUUCAAUCACAAGGAGACAUAAACUUUACACAAUUCAAGCCUUCAGUCAUAGCUGCAUCAGCUAUUUUCGCUAGCUGCAAUGGCCUUUAUUCGGUGCACAAGGAAGAUUUCACCAGCGCAGAUCUCAAAUUGGAUCCAGCUAAACUGAAUGCCUGCGAGCUGAUGAUGGCUGAUUUUGGCUAUAGAAUGUCAGUCCCAACUGUGAGUACUAGAGUUACUGAAAGCCCAGACGUUAUAUUUGAGAUAGAAGAGGUGGAAGAAAAAGACCCGAUGAAUUUUGAACUGAAGUGGACGAGUGAUGAGUUUCAGGACCUGACAAUAGAUCCAUCUCUAUUUCCACCUGAAAAUGGAGACUGUCUCAGAGCUAUUCUAGAGAAGUUAAACUGCUGUAUCUGCUGUACGAAGAUGGAUUGAAGAUUAGUGCAACUGAAGCUAAUGCGGGAAACAUCUUAUUGACG